AUGGUUGAAGUGAAAAUGCUAAGAAAUAGUAAUUUGCUUACUGCUAUCAUGGUUUUUCAAUUUUUUUUGAUUGCUUCGGAACUUGCAGAUAGCUGGGUGUGGCUUCCGGACCCCUCUGGUGGUUACACAGUUCGAGGUGCAUAUAGCUUGUUGACUUCUCUGGUACCUCAGGUUGCAGACUUUGCCCUGGAUUUGGUGUGGCACAAACAGGUUCCCUUGAAGGUGUCCGUUUUCGCGUGGAGGCUCAUCCGUGAUCGUUUACCAACAAGGACAAAUUUGAUUGCUAGAAGGGUGUUGGUGCCUGAUAUGUCCUCGUGUGUUGCUGGUUGUGGUCAUCCUGAAUCGGCGCAACAUCUCUUUUUAUUGUGUAAUACUUUUGGUUCUCUGUGGCAUUUGGUGCGUGAUUGGAUUGGUUGCUGUGGGGUUGACACAAAUAAUAUUUCCGAUCAUUUUCUUCAGUUUACUCAUUUGUCAGGUGGUGGUGUUGCUAGACGGUCUUUUUUGCAACUCAUUUGGCUUCUAUGUGUCUGGGUUAUCUGGAAUGAACGAAAUAACCCCUCUGGUGUCCUCAAAGAAGCUUCAGCCUCUUCCCUCUUAGAGAAUUGGACAAAAGCUUGUUCACUAAAUCAUUAUGUGCCUCAAAAGAUGCUUCAGAGGCUCUCGGGAUGGCAUCAUUUGCUUACCUUGACUGGAACUGGAAGCACCGUUCUAAUUCAUCAUUAUCUUCCUUUGAUUGAUUAUCAGGAAAAUGAAAAGAACUCAUUGUAG